UGGGACGAUGAAAGAAAGAUGCUCUAAACUGAUAAAACUGUUUUUGAUACUUGGACUAAGACUCACAAGAAAGCCAAAGGGCUUUAUGGGGUGCCAUUUCCACACUUCGAGACACUUGCUGAAAUUUAUGGGAAAGAUCGAGCUACUGGAGAUGUGGCGGAGUCAUAUGUUGGUGCAAUCAAAAAAAAUGGAAGCAGAGACAACUAGUGAGAGAGUGACACUUGAUAGUGAUGAUGACGAUGACGAUGAUGCUGAUUCCACCAUAGUAAAGGGGAAAAAACCAGCUAUGAGACAACUAGUGAGGGUCUUGAACCUUCCAUGAAGAAAGCAAAGGUGCUGAAGAAUCUCAAGGGAAAGGAGAAGAUACCAAAGGAGAGAAGAAAGGAUGAAACACAGAAUUUGUCUGCUGCCCUUCUUAAUGUUUCGAGCAAUUUCGGAAAAAUAUUUGGUCAUAUGAGCUCAAAUCUUGCUACAAUGGCGUAUGCUUGGUCAAAAGCCGAAGAAAGGGAGCAACUUAAAGAUGAUAAGAGCAACAAUGUCUUAGAGGAGGUGAUGAAGUUAGAAGGUUUAUCUCCUUCCGAGGCUCUUCAAGCUGCUACUAUUCUGAUUGGAGAAGAACCAAAGCUUCGGAUCUUCCUUCAAGCUCCUCCUAGUAUGAAGAAACAAUAUGUGUUGGAUCUUCUUAAGAAGUAGUCUCCCUUGUAUGCUUUUGAUCAAUUUGGUUGUUAACGUUUAGUUUUCAAACUUUUGUCAUGUUUAUCUUAAAAAUAUAUGCACACUUUUUGGAUAUAAUUAUCGGAAGAAGUUGCUAGUUGAUGAAAUAGAACUUGGUUUUUUUUAUGUAAGAAGUAUAUUUGAAGUUAUCUUAUUUGUUUGGAAGUGAAUAUCUAUGUUGCUA